CAAAAUAAAGAAAACGGCGGGGAAAGUGAAGCGUUGAUAAGUGAGUUGGGAGCUGCGGGGAAGGAAAAAAAAAGGGUUGGGGCUUAUUUGCCUCUGAAGUCAAGUUAGGCUCAUUCCAGGGAUGAUCCUUCGUGUGGGGCUGUGUCCUGGCCUCUCGGAUGAAAUGGUGCAGGUGCUAAAAGCCAAUGGCAUCAAAACAGUGGUUGAUCUUGUCUCAUCGGAUCUGGAGGACAUUGCCCAGAAGAAUUCCUUAUCAUACAAGACCUUAGUUGCGGUACGACGUGUGUUGCUGGCACAGUUUUCCUCCUUCCCAAUCAAUGGGGCAGAUCUCUAUGAAGAGUUGAAGCACACCACAGCCAUCUUGUCCACUGGAAUUGAAAGCUUGGACAAACUUCUCGACUCGGGUAUAUACACGGGGGAAGUGACAGAACUUGUUGGAGCACCCAGUGCUGGAAAAACUCAGUUGUGCCUCAUUGUCGCUGCAAAUGUAUCCCAUAAUCUCAAGCAGACUGUCCUGUACAUUGACUCAACUGGGGGCUUCACCAGUGCCCGUCUACUGGAGCUACUGAACUGCUUAACUGCGGAUGAGGAAGAGCAGGCUGAAGCACUGCGGAGGAUCCAGGUUUUUCGUACAUUUGAUGCCUACAAAAUGCUUGAUGUGCUGCAGGAAGUCCGCAGUUAUAUGGCCCAGCAGAUACUUAGCACCUCUGGACCAGUGAAGCUGCUUAUUGUGGAUUCCAUUUCUGCUGUAAUUUGCCCUUUCUUGGGACUUCGACAGCCCGAUGGCAUGGCCCUCAUGAUGCAUUUGGCUAGGGAGAUGAAAACCCUUGCCAAAGAAUUUGGGAUUGCCAUAUUGUUGACAAAUCAUGUGACCAGAGAUGCUGGUGGUGGUUUUAAACCAGCACUGGGUCGCUCGUGGAGUUACAUACCUAACACUCGGCUGCUGCUGGAGAAGAAAAAAGUCAAUUCUGAGAAAGCAGGUCGAGUCGCAUCUUUGAUGAAAUCUCCUCGACAGCCUUUUGGAGUUCAGGCAGAAUUAGACCUGAGGAACUGGGAAGUGAAAAAAGAAAGUUCAGUCACAUCAGGAGAAGGACUAGAAGAGGGCAUGGGUUUGUCUUCCUGAUUCACUAUUGGCUUUCCUGAACAUUGCAGAAGGCUUGAAAAUGGAAAGAACACUCUGGUUUUUAGAGGAAUGGAGAAUAAAAACUAGUAUCAGCCUUCUCCUAAUAGAAUCUGCUCCUUGGUUCAUUGGAUUUCAGCUCCCAGAAUCCCGAAAGAACACGGUCUACAAUCGGAUAUGAUCUGAAGUCAAAAACUUUUGGAGGACACAGUUUCUUUGGUUGGGACAUCAUAUUGUGUUGGUUAAUUGUGGAAAUGUGCAUUGGAUUGACUAAAGUCAGGGGGUCACUCUUCAGCAAUUGCAAUUUUUGUAGAUAAAUGUACAGUUUGUAAUUACUAAAGAGAUAUCGGAUAGAAUUGUUUAUCCAAAGGAACAUCCAUGUUGUUCCUUGUAUUGCUUACACUGUACUGCCAUCCUGAUUUUUGCUAUGUGAAAUGGAUGGGAAACGUAGGCACUGUAUUGAUCUUGCUUAACAAAUCAAGCAAGCUUGUCAUUCUAUAAGCCAUCACAAAGGUAGAAAUAUAUAUCAAAUGAGGGCUCUUGUAGAUGCUUCGUAUAACAGGUUAUUUGAUGAACCAGAACUCUACCACUAAAAGCUGUUUGUAUCAGUGAUGAAUGUCAUGCCUUUUAGAUAUUUGAGACUUCAGUUGGUAUUGGCCCCAAUCCACAUGGCCCAUGGCAAGGGAUUGUGCAGGUUGUUGUGCAGGACGCCUUAUUCUUGGUUUAUACAGUGGAAUGAUAUUCAUAUAAAAAUAUUAAUCACACAUAGGGGAGUGUGACUAGCCACUGACGAGAAUGCUGUGCUCAGUUCUCUGUUCUUCCCUCCAUCUAGCUAUUUUUAUUAAUAUAUAACCAGUUUGUCUUUCUAAAUAUCUUGAAAUAAAAUAGAAUAGAAUAACAAGAGUUGGAAGGGACCUUGGAGGUCUUCUAGUCCAACCCCCUGCUCAGGCAGGAAACCCAAUACCAUUUCAGAUAAAUGGUUAUCCGAUCUCUUCUUAAAAACUUCGAGUGUUGAAGCAUUCACAACCUCUGGAAGCAAGUUGUUCCACUUAUUAAUUGUUCUAAGUGUCAGGAAAUUUCUCCUUAGUUCUAAGUUGCUUCUCUUUGAUUAGUUUCCAUCCAUUGCUUCUUGAUCUGCCCUCAGGUGCUUUGGAGAAUAGAUUGACCCCCUCCUCUCUGUGGCAACCCCUGAGAUAUUGGAACACUGCUAUCAUGUCUCUCCUAGUCCUUCUUUUCAUUAAACUAGACCUACCUAGUUCCUGCAACCAUUCUUCAUAUGUUUUAGCCUCCAGUCCCCUAAUCAUCUUUGUUGCUCUUCUCUGCACUCUUUCUAGAGUCUCAACAUCUUUUUUACAUUGUGCCCACAGUAUUCCAAGUGUGGCCUUACUAAGGCAUUAUAAAGUGAUAUUAACACUUCACAUGUUCUUGAUUCAAUCUCUCUGUUUAUGCAGCCUAAAACUGUGUUGGCUUUUUUGGCAGCUGCUGCACACUGCUGGCUCAUAUUUAAGUGAUUGUCCACUAGGACUCCAGGAUCCCUCUCACAGUUACUACUAUUGAGCGAGGUACCACAUAUACUGUGCGUAUGCAUUUUCUUUUUCUUGACUAAACCUUACUUUUUUCACCAUUGAAUUUCAUUUUGUUAGAGAGUUCUCUAUGUUCAAGUCUGUUCAAGUCUCUAACGUUCAAGUCUGUCAAGAUCCUUCUGUAUCUUAAGCCUAUCUUCUGGUGUGUUGGCUAUUCCUGCUAGCUUGGUGUCAUCUGCAAAUUUGAUGAGUUCCCCAUCUAUCCCCUCGUCCAAAUCGUUGAUGAAGAUGUUGAAGAGUAUUGGGUCUAAGACAGAGCCUUGGGGUACCCAACUGCAUACUUCCCUCCAUGUAGAUGCAGUUCCAUUGAGGACCACACGCUGAGUGCAGUUGGUCAGCCAGUUACAAAUCCAUCUGUUGGUGAUGCUGUCUAACCCACAUUUUUCUCUUCUCAUCAAAUAGAAAGAUAAUUUAAACAGAAUGUCAAGGAAGAGGAUUCUGUGCAAAGGGAAGGGGUUUAAAUCUUAUUUGAAAGAACCCAAAGAAGGUUGAGGAAGUACCUCUUCCCAGCAGUGAAGAAGCUGAAGUUCUUCAUAUUCUUCAUUCACUGGGUUGAAGGAGAUUAAACUGAACAGUAAAAGAAUAUUCUUCUUCCAAGAUGGCAGUGUAGCUACAUUGCCUGAAGAAAAUAAUUCAGACCACUGACAGAUAAACAUGCAGAAUGAAAUUCAAUACAAGUGGGGAUUCCCUUUCAAAUCAAUUGUUUUUAAUACUACAAGGACAAAAUGUUAUUUCUACAGAGCUCUUAACAAGGACUGAAGGAAGCAAUUUGAUUUGUCCUUGGAAUUGUGGAAAGCUGGCUCAACCACAAACUGAAGAUUAGAUAAGCACAUUGCACUGAGUACAGAAUGCAAGAAAUUUUACAGACUCUAAAACUCUGAGUUUUUUAUUUUAGAGAUAGAAGAAAAAUAGUUUAAAAAGGGUAAAAUAUUAAAGUUAAAAAUAAUACAGGUAGUCCUCAAUUUAUGAUCAUAAUUGAGACAAUUUGUUGCUAAGGAGGCAGUUAAGUGAGUUAUGCCUUAUUUUAUGACCUGUUUGCCCUGGUUGUUAAGAGAACCACUACAAUUGUUAAGUGAAUCAUGUGGUUGUUAAGCAAAUCUGGCUUCCCCCAUUGAGUGUGUCAGGCUUGGAAGCCAUCUUUUACAGUGGGCCUCAAGCCUACCACAUAUUCUACUGUGGGAAACUGGGAGGGGGGAUUGUAUGGAGCAUGGGAGAUUUGUAGUCAAAAUAACAUUCUUUCUCAGAGAGUCAAGGUCAUCUUACCCUGGCACUUGGAGGGGUCUCACUGGGAGGAAUCUUCUUUUGGGACAGUGACAGAUUGGACCAUGUGAUGGACAUGUGGGUGCUGGGUUUUGAACUUUCAACUGGGUGGGGAAAACCUGGAAGCUUUCAUAUUCAGGUUUUCCCAGAUGUACCAACAUGGCUCUUCUAAUAAAUUGGAACUUUGAGGAA